AGAUUGUCUUAAUUGUUGUAUGUGUGAUCAAAUGAUUCCUAAAAAUGGGGUUAUUUAAUUUGCUUUUAAAAUUAUAGAAAUGUAACAUGUUAUGAUUGGAAUUGGUUUUAGGGAUAUUGUGUAGAGUAAAGGUUAUUAGAGUUGUUAUUCUAUUGGAGGAGGGUAUAUUUAUGAUAUAAAUAUUACAAAAUAGAACAUAUAAUAUAUUUUAUAAUGGUUUUUGUUGGAAUCAUGAUUAGUAAGACAAGAAUGAUAAAUAAAUAGCGUUUCCUUUUUCAAAGAAUGAUAUAAUAAUAGUUGAAGUGGAUAUUUAAAAAAAGUAUGUAAAAUGGACAAAGUAAUCCACAAAUGAAUCAUUCGUAUCAAUUUAUAUUUAUUAUUAGUCUCUCACAAUUGAUACAUCCAAAGAUUUAUAUCCAUGCGUACAUUUAAUUGGUACAUGUAAAGUAGAGAUAUUAAAUUAUUUGUUCAAAUGA